UCGAAAUUCACAUUGUUAUAUGUGACAUACGCAUCAUAACAAAAAAAAAACAUUCACAUGCUGCCUAAAUUUGAGGAAUUAUAAUCAGUUGAACUGACAUGAUAGUGACUUAGUGAACGUAUAUACCUUUCGUUUUGUGUUGCCCUGUUUUAAAAAGAAUUGAAAAUGAAUCCCGUUUUAUCAGAAUUCGAGUGCCCAAUAUGUCUGGAGUAUAUGAUGCCUCCAAUUCACCAGUGCACAAUGGGCCACACCUUCUGCGUAAGCUGUUUCGAUAAGCUAGCCAUUUGUCCAACAUGCAGAAGCCCAAAGGGAGUUUCUAGGGCUUACGCCCUGGAAAGGAUACAUUCCAGUGUCACAUUCCCAUGUCGAUAUAGGUUUGACGGUUGUGACUGCCAGGUCAAAGGACUAGAACUGAGCGACCACCAAGACAGCUGCGUCUACGCCAAGAACUCGUGCCCCUUCUCCACCCCGAUGUCCUGCAAGUGGCAAGGAAAACGAAGAGACAUAUUAGACCACUGCAAGGAAGCACAUCCUUUAAAUAUUCUCAGGGGUAACCACAUCAUCAUGAAAUGUCCCAUGUUCGACCUCUUACAACAACAAGAGGCAUUCUACUUCACCAUCAUCCAAGCUUUCGGCGAGCUGUUUCAGUUCUGUUGGUACAUAAACGACCGUGGCAUCAUGAGAUGGGUUGUUUACUUCCUAGGUAACUCGAAGGAUGCCAAGAGGUACAAGUAUGCAAUAAUUAUCGGGAAAACUCAGGGUCCGUUUGAUCAGAUCAGUAUGAUAGCCAGCUGUGAGCCAAUAGUGGAAGAAAACGCAAUGUUCGACGACAAGAAUUGUCUGACUAGUACCUUCGAUAUGGUGAAAAAGAGAAAUAACAAUAACGGCGAUCUACAUUACGAGAUCAAAUUGAUUGACAAACCGUUUGAGCAUGUAAGGGUACGAUAGAAUGAUUGAACUACUAUUUUUUUUUUGUUAUGUUUAUACGUUCUGUUAGUUUUUGUUGUUAUGUUUGUGAUAUUUUACGACCCGAGUUUUAUAAAUUUCAGAGUAGAAAUAUAGAAAAAAAAACAGUGAAUUUUGUCAGACCUUUUUGUAGACACGAAAUGUACAAUUUCGAUUGACAGGUUCGUUUUUAAACAGGAAAUCAUCAAUGAAUGAGUGUAUGAUUGUUUUGUUAUGUAAACAAUGAACGAAUAAACUAUUCAUACAACCCAA